AUGUAGACACAAGAUGGGGAAUAAGAGAUGUGUAAAUUAACACAUCACAAUAGGACUUUUAUUUGCACAAACAUUGAAUGUAUUUAGGCUAAGAGAUUUUAAUUGUAAUGCCACAAAUGUUUAACAUUGCAACAUACAAAUUAAAAAGGAAUUCAAAAAUUGAAAAAUACUAAGACUGUUCGUCAUUUAGAUGAUUUUACAGAAAUUAAAGAUAUUUUAAAUCAGUUAGAAUUAAAAUACCAAGGGAGAUUUAAUUUUCUACAAGAAGUAUAACAAAAAUUAUUUGAUUUUCAAAAAGAGUAGAUAUAAAAAAUCGAAAAAUUCCCCUUUCAUGAUUUAAACUUCAUUAAAUUAGCAAAGUCAGAAGUUGAUACUCUAAUUUAGAUGUUUGCAAAUGAAUUAGGCUAUCAUUAAAGAAUACUGAAUGAAGCUAAACAAUACAAUAAUUUAACAUAAAAAUCUAUCUUGGAGCUCUAUAUAAGGAAUGAUGAAAAAUUCCACAAUGACAUUAUUAACAAGCAAAAGUAAGUUUUUGAUAAGGUCAGAAGUAAUCUUGCAAAAAAAGGUCUUGAUUUUUAAAAAAUGUUUACAAAUUAAGAAGAGAAAAUAGCACAGGCCGAGGAAAGAAUUAAAAAGUUAGAAAAUCCAUAUGCAUCCAAUAAACUCUUUAAAGCUUGUCUUAUUAUUGCUACCCUUGUAAUAAUAAGUAACUAAUUCUCAAUUUUGACAUCAACAAAUUAAACAUAAAAUUAGAAAAAAGAGAGUAUUCUAAUAGAAUCAGAAAUCAGUUAAAUUAAAGAAUAGUGGUCUGAUUUUCAAUAAGAUAACAUGAUUAAAAUAGAAGAAAUUAAAAAUACUUUGGAUGAUAAAUUAACUAGCGAGAUUGAAUAUUUAAAAUUAUACAAUUAAAAACUUAAAGUAGAAAUGUUAGAUUUAUAGAAAUAAUUUAAAGAGAUGUUGGUCUUUCAAAAUCAAACCAUAUCCUUACUUUCUUAAGAAUUGAAUUUAUUGAAAGAAUAAGUAUCUAUUACUCAAAAUUAAAUUUAAAAUUUUAAUGGUGUAAAUAUACAACUUGUCAAUUAACAGAAAGAGUUGAAUCAUAAACAGGAUAAUAAAGAAUUGAUCGAUAGAUUUGAUAAUUAUUAUCAUGAAAUGAAUGAUAAAUUGAAUAGCACCUUUUACGAAAUGAGAUAGUAUGUAGAUUAUCGAAUUUUGCUGAAUAAGCACUUCUUUAAUGCUCAAAAGUAUCUAUUAGGAAAUAUUAAGGAAGAUUAUCCAAUUGUAUUAUUGUAGGGCUUUACUUUAUAUUUAGAUUAAUAUUUAAAUAAAUCUCUAACUCAUGAAUAAAUUUAUAAUUUGUCCAAUUCAUUCAGUUUAACUGGAAUAGCUUGUUUCGGUGGCAUUUCUCUUUAAAAGCCUACUCACUUUGCUUUGAUGGCUUGCGAUUAUGCAUUUGAGAUCUUUACAGUCACAACAAGUCGAGAAAAAGCAAGAAAAAGCAGAUCGAGCAAAGAUUUAUUUUGGUACUUUGUCCCAAGAAUUUCAAUUGGAUUUGCCCCCAAUGAGAAUGUUAAUCUUCAAUUAGCUGAUAAUGUUGAUCCUGAAGAUCCAUACAGGUUUAGCAUGUGGUUGGAUCAUUCAUAAGGGGGUCGAAGAAUUGGCAACUAAACCUCCCUUAUCAAUACAACUGAAUAUAAAAUGGCAUUAUUUGCUAUAGAAUGA